AUGUCAUGUCAUAUCUUCGAAGGGGCCUUUGCAUCCUGUCGCGCGACAGACUCGUGGCCAACGGGGCACACCUACCCAUCGCGGCAUAGCGUCCGCAGUCCAAGCUUCCCAGCGGAAGGGAAGCGACGCCGAUGGUGCGCCGGGAUCCCAUGGAAGAACAUGGAAGUCCUCUCUAGCCUCGCCGGCGGGUCUGCGUGGCUGCAAAGCUUGACACCGAGAGGCUGCCAAAGCCACGCCAACCUGCACCGGCGUCCAACGCUCCGGGAACAGUUGUUUGAUGAAAAGCUUAACCCUCAACUGCUCAUUUUACUUGUCUCCAGUCAUUUUGUUUGUGACUGUGUCGAUCUACCAGGUCCCUAA